ACAGCUAAACAGAACUGUGCUGAGCUUUACAAAGCUGGGGAAAGAAUCAGCGGUGUUUAUACAAUCGACCCUGAUGGUCAAGGUGCCUUUGAUGUGUUCUGCGACCAAACAACAACCGGAGGGGGGUGGACAGUGUUCCAAAAGAGACUGGACGGCUCGGUUGAUUUCUACCGCGGCUGGGCUGACUACAAGCGGGGGUUUGGUAACGUGAAUGGCGAGUUUUGGCUUGGACUGGACAAGAUUCACCGGCUGACCAAAUCAAAUAACAGGCUUCGAGUUGAUCUGGAGGACACUACAGGAAAAACGGCUUACUCUGAAUACGACAUGUUUGCUGUUACAAGCGAGAGGACUAAGUACCAGCUUAGUUUAGGAACUUAUUCAGGUGAACUAAUGACACAUUGCCUCUAAAAAAUUGCAUUCAAUGUUUCAUUAUUAUCGUCAGUUAAUAUUCAUAAUAUGUCUUUAUGGGCUUUCCUUGACUUCGCCAUGGUCCUUAGUUAUCUAUACAGCUUAAAUUCCCCAAAGCGACCUUUCUCUUCCACUUCAAUACUACACAUUAUAUUCAGUUUUUCUAUUUAAAAUUUCAAAACUUCCUGGUAAAAUUCUCUUGUAUUUAAUAUAUAUUCUAGGAACCGCUGGCGACUCUUUUUCUGGGCAUCGUGGCCAGCCAUUUACCACUAAAGACCAAGAUAAUGAUAACGCCUCCAAAGAAAACUGUGCAAGGUCAUUUAAAGGAGCCUGGUGGUACACAAGCUGUCAUUCAUCAAAUCUGAAUGGUUUCUACCACCAUGGUUCACAUUCAUCUUAUGCUGAUGGUGUCAACUGGUAUGCAUGGAAAGGACAUCACUACUCUGCCAAGAGAGCUGAGAUGAAAAUCAGACCGGUGAACUCUUAG